GUUGAAGUUUCGGGAACGACUGCUGAUAUCUAUGUAAGUGAUGAGCCAGCAGUACAUCGUGAUCGCCUGGGGCAAGAGUGUAUCUUUCAGCGGAACACCACGCUGGCACAUGCUUUCUUUCCGGAGGUCGGCGAUAUUCACUAUAACCGCGAUCGCAGUUACUCGGAGGAAGAAUUUCUCAGUGCCUCUAUGCACGAGAUUGGUCAUUCGUUAGGUUUAGAUCAUACUACUUCCAGGUCGUCAAUUAUGUUUCCGAUGCACAUUAGAUACCACACGGAAAUUCCUGAGGAGGAUCGUAAAGCACUGCAAGCCUUGUAUGGAGCUCGGCGGAUUUUCAAACAAGGUGUUCCUUUCGCUACCGCGAAAAAAGCUCCAUCGCUUUGCUCACUAAACAAAAUCGAUACCAUUCUGAACGAUCAUACCGGCCAGACGUUCAUUUUCGCGGGAGAACACUACUUCGCUUUGGGUGAGCGAAAUCCCGAGGGACGUUUAAUAUCAUCCAAGUGGCCGAGGCUUCCGGCAAACAUCGACGCAGCGUUUACCUGUCGAAAUAAGAAAACAUUUUUCUUCAAGGGUAGUAAGCUGUGGGUUUACGCUGAUCACCAACUGGAAGCAGGCUAUCCGAAGUUGAUCGCUGACGAGUUGCCUGGAUUGCCGAAUCAUCUGGAUGCGGUGUACGUUACAAAAGGUGGCAGUAUUUUAGCGAUUCGGAAAAAGCAAUAUUGGUUCUAUAAUCCCACCAAGCGACCCCAAGUGAGCGCUCAUUUUCCUAGGUUGAUUUAUGACUUUCGGAACAUGCCCACGAAUAUGGAUGCCGCGUUGUUUCACACCGACGGGAUUGUCUAUUUUUUCAAAAAUCGGGAAUAUUUUACGAUGGAUAUGGUGAAUUUUACUGUAAGUGCAGGCAGUCCGCUCGUAGAUAAAUGGUUUAAAUGUUAGGCCGAUAGUUUGAAUGUAUU